AUGGCCAUGCUCCCAAAUCUCCUUCUACUUUGCUCCCUCAGCCAUGUGCAUCACACAUCUGGACAAGCAGGUGGAGACUUGAUGCAGCAAUCUUGGAACAGGCAGAACCUGUCUGCUGUCCCUCUGGAUUUAGAUGCAAGGCUCCGAAGAUUGGACCUGUCCAGUAACUUCAUCAGACAGUUGCACACACUUGGUUUGCCAUUCUUGAAGCAGCUGGACUUGAGCUGCAACCAGCUGGAACUCAUCACAGAGAGAGCCUUCCAAAACCUGGCGCAGCUUGAAGAGCUGAAUUUGUCCCGAAAUGCGCUCAACAACAACCUUGGCAGCAACAGCAAAGCCCUCGCAUCUGUCAGGCGAUUGAGGAGCUUGGACCUAUCACUGAAUGGUUUGAGCAAUGACGUGAUGAAAAAGUUCCUCCGCAACAAACACGAGCUCGUCCAGCUGAGGAUGACUGGGAAUGUUUUGACAAGACUCACCCAUGACUUGUUCAGGGAGAGCCCACAGCUGAGGGACAUUGCGAUUGAUGGAAAUCUGAUAUCAGUCAUCGAUCUGGGGACAUUCGAACCUCUGAGUCAACUAGAACAUCUGAGCCUGGCCCGGAAUAACCUCGCUCAUAUCUGCGACUUUAAAUUGCACAAAUUAAAAUACCUCAACUUGAGCCGAAAUUCUUUGGAAUUCUUUCUCACCCAUGAGGACAACCGCAUGUAUAGACUUGAAGUUCUUGAUCUCAGUUACAACAAACUCCUUUAUUUCCCGAUACUACCUCAAAUAAACAGACUGCGAUACCUUUACUUACAGCGGAACAUGAUCGGCGCCCUUAGAUCGGAAGCCUCAAUGGUAUCCGAUGCAAAUUCUCUUCAUCACGAGGUUGUCAGAAAGGGGGAUGUGGUGGUUAGGAAAAAUAUUUUGCAUUCAAUCUAUAGAAUGAUGCCACUGAUCCACAUAGACCUCAGCUACAAUUACUUUACAUCAUUUCCUCUGGAGACCCUCAGUCUUCCCAAGUCCUUGCAGACAGUGAACUUCAGUUUUAACUGUUUGCAAAGCAUCACGUGGGAUGUUAGGAACUACAGCGGAGGCCAUCACCACAUCGAUUAUCCAUCCUUAAAACAUCUAGACCUCCAGAGCAACAGCCUGACAUCCAUCUCCCCCAUUUUUCUUGAAAAACUGUCAAAGUUAGAGACUCUAAACCUGAAGGAAAACUCUGUAACACCAUGUGCAGCAACACAACAUUUUCAAAUGGACAACCGGUGUGUUGCUUUGUGGAGGCUGAAGAGUCUUGCUCGACUGAGUCUCCAAGGAAACGGCAUAAAGGUUCUUCAAGCCAAAUCAUUCUGGAAUACUUCUUUGCUGUCUCUGGAUCUAGCAAGGAACCCCAACCUGCGGGUGGAGAACGGUGCCUUUGAAGGAGUCCAAAACUCCCUUCAAUCACUGACCCUCCGGGAGCUCAACUUGAACAAUUCAAGAUUGCCUUUUCCUUGUAUGCCAGCGCUGACUUACCUGGACCUGUCCAACAACAGCCUGAAUGUCUUGCCCUCCAAUCUAAUUUGCUCUCGCCUGAGGGAACUUGACAUCAGCAACAACCACUUCAGGUCUUUAAACCACACCUUAUUCCGUGUUUUAUCUGUCAACCUCAGCCUUUUGCACCUAAGUGGCAACAACUUGAACUGUUGCGACAGCAAAUGGCUUCAUGAAAUGAACAACUCAAAUAUAAACAUCCCUGAUAUUGACGACACGAAAUGCUUUCCAACCGGGAUCCGCCUUUCAGAGUAUUUGGACGGAGCCUCAACUGACUGUGAGCUUCACACAGAAGUACAGGGCACUGACUUUGGACAAAUGUUUGUGAUCGUUCUAUUUGUCAUUACUUUAGUAACGGGUUUGACCAUACUCACUCGAAAAAUAUGUGGUACAAGAAAAUCAUUUGUAGUAUGACUACAUAAUCACUGUUGUUCUGGAUCAAUAAAGUAGA